AUGUGCCAGGAGUUGGAAACAAAAUUGAAAGAGUUACAUUCCAGAACUGCGAACCUCCCGAGUGCCCAGGGAAGUGGCAGUGGAGCGAAUCGUGAUCAGCCAUCAACAUCAAAGCGUCAGGAAGGAGAUUCAGGAGGACAACUUCCCAAGAGACGUCGGUCCUAUAAGGAGGCGGACGGAGAGGGGAGAACUGCGUUACACUGGGCGGCCUGGAGGGGAGAAACGGAGAAGGUGAAGCUGCUGCUCGAGGGAGGAUGGGACACAAGGGCAAGGAACAGUAUGUUAUCGACGCCCCUCCACGAGGCGCUCCGUCGGGGGAAGGAGGCCACGGCAGAGGUGCUGCUGGAGGCCGACUUCAUGAUGGACGGAGCAGAUAGAUGUGGGUGGACCCCUCUGCAUGCUGCUGCAGGGGGGGGAUGCGUGGCAGCCAUCGGGAAACUGCUCGCUGCCGGAGCAGAUUCAAGCCUGACGGAUAGUCAGGGACGGACGCCCCUCCACAGGGCUCUUCUUGACGGGAGGGAGGCUGCAGCAGAGCUGCUUUUGGGGGCCACCCCCGAACUGGACCGCACAGACACUGAGGGGCGCACACCUCUUCAUGAUGCUGCAAGCAGAGGUUAUGCGCGUAUAGUGAGAGAGCUGCUGUCGAGGGGCGUGCGUCCUCAUGUGAGAUCUGACGAGGGAGUGUAUCCCCUGCAAUAUGCCGUGUGGGGAGGCCACGAUGAGGUGGUGAGGAUGCUCUUGGCGGCAUAUGCCUUGAGAGACGUCCGGAUCGACUGGGCGGAGAUGGAGCUCCGGCGGAAGCAGAAGAAGAAACGCUGCAUCAAGCUACUCUCUGAUUGCAGGGCCGAGAUCUGCAGGAUGAAGGACACCCGGGUGGAAGGGUCCGGGGUGUCCUUCUACGACGUCGCGACAAGACACACGAGCAGGGUGGCGAGGCGUCUCUCCGCAGAAACCAUCCGACGACUGCUGCUCUCCGAUCACUUGGUGGAGCGGUUCCCCGUCUACGGAGAACUCCUCUCCCUCAAGCUGAGGGAACUCGAGGAGAGGAGGUUCCUCUCGGAUCGCUGCCGGCAGUGCUUCUCCCUUCUAGCCCGUCCCCUGCCCCUGACGUGCACGGACAUCAUCCUCCCGUGCCUGACCGACGAGGACAUGCGGAACUUCAUCCGUGCCUUCGGAUACGAGUUUCGGAGAUGCCCGUGAAGUGCCUCGCAUGAAAAAAGAUCGGUGAACAGAUGCUUUGUUGUUAAAUGUCCUUUGCAGUUGGACCCGCAUCCGGUGCGUCCCGUUUCAGACGCGAAUCUUCCACCUUUUGAUGUGAAUCUUAGUGCUCAUUCACCAUAGACUUUUUCCAUGAAGAUUUCUGGUAUGGAAACCUUAGUGCUCAUUCACCGUAGACUUUUUCCAUGAAGAUGGCUGGUGUGGAAACCUUAGUGCUCAUUCAUCAUAGACUUUUUCCAUGAAGAUGGCUGGUGUGGAAACCUUAGUGCUCAUUCACCGUAGACUUUUUCCAUGAAGAUGGCUGGUGUGGAAACCUUAGUGCUCAUUCAUCAUAGACUUUUUCCAUGAAGAUGGCUGGUGUGGAAACCUUAGUGCUCAUUCAUCAUAGACUUUUUCCAUGAAGAUGGCUGGUGUGGAAACCUUAGUGCUCAUUCAUCAUAGACUUUUUCCAUGAAGAUGGCUGGUGUGGAUUUUUCUUUUUUUUUUUUCAAAAUGCCUUUUUGACUUCUCUUUCUGUUUUCGGCAGAAUCGAGAGUGCGAAGGUGUCAUUACUGUUUCGUUCCCAAAGUCGACAGCUUCUCCGUCGACCGCCCUACGUCUGAACAUUUACUGUCGGAAAGUGGACGGUUCCUUUCACACGUAUGCAUCUGGUUUGUUUGUGAAUGUGAAAAGUACAGACGGUGGACAAUAAUAUUUUGAUGAACCUUUUAAUCUUGGAUAUGUGUUUUUGAUCAUUUUACAUCAAAACAAAUCAUUCCUUCAUAUGUUUCAGAAUGGUUUUGUAUGUGUUUGUGCUUCAUUUGUGAUUUUUUUUCAUAUGUAUCAAAGGCUACUUAUAAAGCUACACAAUAAAAAGGGUGGUUAAACCA